CCAUCGACUCCACCAAUAAUAAGAAGUCCAACACGCCAAUCUCAACGAAUCCUCGUGACGUCCCCCUCUCUCUCGGCCUAACUCACCCACUACGCCCUCUCAUGGCAUCAGAGCAUGACGACACCGUUUUCCCCGAAGAGGACCUCGACGACGACGACGACGACGACUCCCAGUCUCAAGACGAUGACGAUCUCGACAACGACGACGUUUUAAUUGAAGAGGAAGAAGACGAAGAAGACGACCUUAACUUUCCUUCCCCUUCCACUUCAUUCCGCACCGGCACAGCCAACGCCACCGUCGCUGCUUCCGCUUCCAGUAUCCCGACCGCAACUAUCAACUCCUCCACCCCUGCCGUGACCGUUGCUGUCCCUAUCUCUUCCGUUAUGCCCAGUACUGCUGUUGAUAUCAACGACUUUCCGACCGCCAUCGUCAACCAAUCUGAGCCCGAUCCGAAGCGACAGCGCGUUGGUGAAACGUUAGUUGUCCAAAAUGAUAUCAAAAAACCGCAGCCGCUGCCACAAAUGGAUGAUUCCAGACGUCUGUUUCAACGGCUGUGGACGGACGAGGACGAGAUCGAGCUCCUUCAGGGGUUCUUGGAAUACACCGCACAGCGCGGAGGCAACGCGCAUCAUCAGGAUACGACGUUGUUUUAUGACCAGAUAAAGUCGAAGCUCCAGCUCGAUUUCAACAAGAACCAGCUGGUGGAGAAACUGCGACGUCUGAAGAAGAAGUACCGCAACGUGGUUAACAAGAUCAGUUCAGGGAAAGAGUUCUCCUUCAAGAGUCCUCACGAUCAGGCAACCUUUGAGAUAUCGCGCAAGAUCUGGAGCAAAGACAAUACGGUUUUGGAUGACGAUGAGGGGAAUCCUAACGCUAAUCCGGUUGAUGUCGAGGUGAAAACCGAGGAUUUUGGUGACCGGAAGGCGACGCCCAAGUCGAGAAAGCGGUCCCGGCCAAAAUCAAGCGGUGGCGCUAAGGUUGAUGAUAGGCGGGCCGUGAAUGACGAGUUUGUGUUAAAUAAUUAUAAUAGCAACAAUACUAACAAUAAUAAUGCUAAUAACAAUGGGAAUGUAUCGAGUUUGAUAGAGGAGACAGUCAAGAGCUGCUUGUCCCCAUUGUUUAAGGAGCUCUUGGGUGGUGCAAUGGGGUUGGGAGGACCGUCUGUAGGGGCAGGGAGGGGAUUGGGGGCUUUGGCUAUGAAUGCAAUGCCAUUGAGUUUUGGUGGGCAGGUGAGUUUUGGUGGUGAAGUGAUGGAUGAGAGGUGGAGGAAGCAGCAGAUAAUGGAGUUGGAAGUUUAUUCAAAGCGCUUGGAGUUGGUUCAAGACCAGAUUAAGGCAGCUCUUGAGGAGUUGAGGUCUGCAGGUGGAUGAUUACAACGGGAUUUCGUAGUAAGUUAUAAAGAUUUUCCUUUUUAUUAAUUCAUGGUUGUUAAGGUUAGAGGCGGCAUUUGCAUUUUGGGUUUAUUCUUGUUAUUUGGGGUUUCCCAUAAACGGUUGUUGAAUAAUGACUUUUAGAAUUGUUUAGUGUCUUGGUAGUUUGUUCAGGUUUCAUGAUAUGUGUAGAUACUGGCUUGAUAUACAUAAAGCGAAAUGACUGUGUAAUAAAGACGCAGCUGACAGAUGAAUACAGGCUUUUACUUUCUUCAUAAUUUUUACAAAAAUUUGUUCUGUUU